AUGUCACGUAUUCUUUUAUUUCCAGGACAAGGUACACAAUAUAUUGGUAUGGCACGACCAUGGAUUGAAGCGUUUUCAGAGGCUCGUCAUUUUUUUAAUGAGGUAGAUGAAAUUCUUGGGUUUUCUUUACAAAAGAUUAUGAAUUAUGGGCCAUCGAAAGUUCUUGAUCAAAGCGAAAAUGCUCAGCCUGCUAUUCUUGCUACUAGUUAUUGUAUUAUUGAGAUACUACGUAAGCAUUUUGGUAUUAACAUGAAAGACUAUUUUACAUAUACGAUGGGACAUUCAUUAGGUGAAUAUACAUCAUUAGUUUUUGCUGGAGUUUUUUCAUUACCGACUGCUAUUCGUUUGGUAAGGAAACGUGGUGAAUGGAUGAAAUCAGUAGAAUGUCAUGAAAGUCAAGUUAUCGCUGUUAUGCAGGAACGUUCUAUACUUGAUACAUUGAUUCAACAACUUAAAAUAUUUCAAGAAAAAUUACCUCCCGGUCAAAUAAUUGCUUUAGCUAAUGAUAAUACCAAUACACAAAUUGUUUUAUCUGGUACUAAGAAAACUCUUAACACAUUUUUAACACAAUUUUCUUUACGUAAUCAUUCUAUAUUACGUACAAUUCCUUUACGUGUUUCGGUUCCUGUUCAUUCUUCACUGAUGAAUUCUGUUUCAAAUAACUUAAUGGAUAAACUUGAUACUCUUUCUUUGUCUCCACCUUCUGUCACUGUUAUCUCAAAUGUUACGGCUCAACCUUAUCCGACUGAUCUUUUUUUAUUGAAAAAACUUUUAGCUAGGCAGACUAAAGAAACGGUUCAAUGGUUUCAAAGUACACAGUAUGUCUUAAAACAUGUUGCUCCAAUUCAAUGGGUUGCUACAGGUCCAAAACAUGUUAUUUCUCGUAUGUUAGCUUCACAAAUUUCUGUUCACUAUCUUUUUAAAUUAUCUUCAGUUAAGGAUAUCCUUCCUCUGUUAAAUAGUCUAGAAAAAGGUAUUAUUUUAAAUUCUUGA